GGUGGGGCUCUAAAAAAAACUACCACCAUUGGAAUUCGUCCUUGCAGCUCACUUCGUCAAAAGAAGGAGAUCCAUGCACUGAGUCGUCCAAUGACGCAUGUCUAUCCCAAGCUCCUUUUUCAGCAGGAUAAGCCUAACUUGGAAUCAAAGCUAGCAGCUCACCUGAGACUCAAUUCACAUUGA